AUGAGUGACGAUGAAGAUUGGGACGCUGAUUUUAGCGAUUCUAGUUCAUCACAACAAACUAACAUGACUUCUUCCCUACAAAGAAAAUUAACUAUUGGAAAUCUUUCAAAAAAGAAAUCCAAAUUAGAUUUAAUGGAGGGGGUCACUAAUAAUAGUACUACAACUAAUAACAACAAUAAUAAUAAUAAUAAUAGUACUGCAACUAAUAAUAGUAAUAAUAAUAAUAAUAAUAACAAAUUAACAUUAAAUCCAUCAUUAAAACCAACAACAGCAACAGCAACAGCAACAGCAACUACACCACCAAAUAAAUCACCAACUAUUGCAGCUGUGAAACCAACAACCACCACUACUACAACCACUACUAAAGCAACAGCAACAGCAGCAGUAGCAGCACUAAAACCAAUACAAAAAUUUACAGAAGAAGAUGAUGAUGAUGAUUGGGAUAAUGAAUUAGAGUCACCAUCAAAAGGUAUAUUGCAAAAUAGAAAAGAAUCAGUUGCAGAUGAUUGGGAUGCAGAUUUUGGAGAGAGUAGUACAAGUGGUAUAGGAUCACCAAUACAACCACAAAUGAAAAUUUUAGGUAUUAAAGCAGAUCCAACAACAAAAACCGAAUGGGAUGAUGAUUUUGUUUUCAAUGAUAGUUCAGAAUCUGAAAAUAAAUCAAUAUUAACUCCAGCUGUAAAUAUCUUAUCAAGAGCUCGUUCAGGUAAUCCAAAUAUUCAAAAUAAUUCUGAAAAUAAAAUAUCUCAUACAAUUACUGAAUUAUUAUCUUUAAUAUCUUUUGGUUCUGAUAUUGAAUCUUCAUUCCCAACCCCAUCAUCAACACCAUUAGCAAAUAAUUUACCAAAAUUAUUAUCAGAAAUUGAAUUUAAAAAGAAAAUUGAAAUACAAUUAACAAAUAUUGAAGUUAAAGAAUUAAAAGGUGAUAAAUUAGAUAUUUCAAAAGGAUAUUAUGAAUUAGGGUUGAUUUAUCAAGGUCAACAACAAAAUAUAUUAGCAUUUAAUCAAUUUUCUAGUGCAAAUAAGAUUUAUCAAGAUUAUAAAGAGGAUUUAGAAUUUGAUAAUGGCGGUGGUGGUAUAACAGAUUGUUAUAAUGAUUCAUAUGAAUUGGAUUUAUAUUUUAAUUUAGGUAUCUCGUCAAAGACCAUGGCAAAUAUAUUCAAUGCCACAGAGUAUCUAAAGAAAGCAUUGGAAGUCUCCAAUAGGGAUAAGAUAUUGUUUCAAUCGAUUCAAUUGAAAAUAUUGUUAGAGUUGGGUUUAGCUUAUCAAACUAGUGAAACUCCAAUUGUAGCCACUAAAUAUUUCGAACAACUCUUAAGAUCUGUAUUAUUUCAACAUUGUCCAACCUUGAAUCAUAAUCAACAUAAAAUGGAUUGUCUAAGUGAAUCCAAUCAAAAGAAAAUUAAAGAAUGGAAUUAUAUUGCAAUUGGUUGUUAUCAAAUGUCAAAAACUUUAAAACAAUUAAAUGAAAUUGAUUUAGCACUUGGUUUCAUUAAACGUUCAAUUUAUUCAAUAAAAUGUAUUAAUAUAACAAAUAACAAUAAUAAUAAUAAUAAUAAUAACAACAACAACACUACAAUAAAUAAUCAUAGAAUUCAAGAGAAUGAAAGUAUAAUAUUAAUGAAUGAAAUAAAGAAAUUACAAUUACAACAACUUCAAGAUGCUGAUAAUACAACUGUAUUAGAUUUUGAUUCUGAUGAUUCUGGUGAUAUUGGUAGAAAAGAAGAUAUUGAUCAAUCGACUGGUAAACUACAACUACAAGAUGAUGAUGAUGAUGACGGUGAUCAAGAGAAAGAGAAAGAGCAGGAAGAUGAUGAUGAUGAUGAAGAUUGGGAUGCAGAGUUGGGUUUAGAUGAAGAGGAAGAUAGAAGACCAGUUUUACAAUUGGCAGGACAAAGUCCAGCUGUUGCAACAAGUUUUGGAAAAGAUAGAUUAUCACCACAUUAUAAGUUAUUGGAUCAAGUUACCAAUCAAAACUUUGAGAUUGUAAAAUACCCAAAACCAUCAUACCUUUAUUCAUUGGCAACCAUUGAUGGUCAUCCAUUCUUACAUGAAGAGGCGCUAAGUCAAUGGUUAUCAAGUAUUAUCGUUAAACAUUUACAAGGUGAAGAUCGUGCAUUACGUGUGGUUCAACAACGUUCAUCCAUUGAGGAGUUAAGAAAUGAUUUCGCUCAGGAAUCCACUAAAUUAAAGGGUCAACCAAAGAUAUGGGCAAGAGCAACAUUAGAGUUUUGUUACACUUUACAUAUAUUUGGUCAUGAUGUGUUGUGUUGGGAUACGAUUAUGGAGUUUUUCACCGAUUUACGUGAUUGUGUCUCCUCUUCCCUAUUGACACUAUCGAAUCGUGGUGGUAGAGUUCAAUUGGGUAAUGUACCAUUACCACCAUCAAUGACACCAACUUCAAAACAGUUACAACAGGAACAAGAGGAAAAAGAUGUAACUUAUCAUUACGCUUUUCAAAUGUUAUACUUGGCUUCAAAACUUUGGACACCUGAAGAGGAUGCUUCCUUUAAACAUAUGUAUCAAGGACUUAAAAAUUUAUCAACAAAUAACGCACCCCAUGUAGAUUGUAUAGUAGCAGAAUGUUAUUCUCAUCAUUUACAUCAUAAAAUUAAUUCAAAUAGUGAAGAUAGUUAUAAUAGUACAGAUGAUGAUGAGAAUGAUGACGAUGAAGAAAAUGAAAAUAAUUCAGAUAAUGAAGAUAAUAGCGACGAUAAUGAAUAUAAUAACAAUAAUAACAAUAAUAAUACUAAUAAUAACGAUGAUGAUAAUAGCGAUCAUUCAUCAUCAAAAAAUAAUUUAAAUAAAAAUAGACGAAAAAAUCGAAAUGAAUUAGACGAAGAACCAGAAUUUAGAGUUAGACCAAAUGAAUUCUCUUCUAUGGAAGAAGAGAAGAUUAAUCCUCUAAAUACAUUUUUAAGAGUUUAUCAACAAUGUAAUAUUAAAUUGAAAAUGUCAAAACAACAACAAAAUAGUAAUAAUAAUAGUAAUAAUAAUAAUAAUAAUAAUUCAUCACCAUCACCAUCACCAUCAAAAAUUAAUUUAUCAUCAUCAACAUCACAUCAUCACCCAAUAUCACCAUCAAAUUCAACACAUCAAAUUUAUAGAACAAUUAAUCCAAAUAAAGAAUAUUUAGAAAUUGGUACAAAGAAUGCAAUGACAAGAGCAUUGAUUGGUAUUCAUUUUCAUUUGAAUGGUAUUUCACCAUUAACAACCAAACGAUUGGUAAAUGAUGAUUCUUAUCAAGUGGAAUAUAUGUACACUGGUCAAGAGUGUGAAAUGUUAUUGGAUGCAAAUUAUCGUAUGAAGGUGUUGACCGAUCUUUAUCCAGAGAUACCACCAACAUUUUUGAAAGCUAAAACUGCCUAUGCAUUGGGUUUGAAUGCUGUCGAUAUCAAUGAUUUGGUAUUGGCUGAGAAAUUCUUUUUCGAAUGUCUUUAUAUCAUUGAUAAAUGUAAACAACCUGCAAUUGGUUUACCAUUGGUCCUUUCAGAGUUGGCUGCAAAUGCUUCAAUCGCUUAUGCUGGCGUAUUGUUGGAUAACUUUAAGUACCAAUAUGCAAUAGUUUCAUUUGAUAACGCUUUAUUAAAUUACAACAUUAGGAAGAAGAAAGAGUAUGGUACACUCUUGAGAAAAGUUGCCGCUCUAGCAAGAGAGAAUGAUGAUAUUCCAUCAGCAAUUUAUUAUUAUAAACAAAUUUUAAAUAAUUAUCUAGAAGACGAUCCACAAAGUAAAACAAAUGAAAUCAUUUAUCUCUGUGAAACCAUUAGCACAUUGUAUUGGGAAAAAGGUAGUUAUAAACAAGCUGAAGAACAUCUUAAAGUAAUUUACUUUAUACUAUCAAGACCAACUCAAUCUCCAGGUGGUAGUGGUAGUGGUGGUGGUAGUGGUGGUUUAGGAUUAGGUGGUGGUAGUAGUGGUGUUGGUGGUGGAUUAGGUGGAAGUGGUGGUAGUGGUUUAGGUUUAGGGUUAGGUGUUGGUGGUAGUAAUGGUGGUUUUGACUCAUCAGGUAAUCUUAAUAGAACUCCUGAUACACCACGUUUCGAUAAUCCAAUCUUUUUUCAAUUUCAACUUAAAAUGGCAUCACUCUACUUGGAGAGUUAUCACUUUGAAAAGGGUUUAGAAUUAUUGGAAUUUAUGAAAAGACAUCCAUUACCUCAUGGUAAAUUAAAUUCUUUAAUCUUUUUAUUAGCAAAAGCUUACACUAAAAAAGAAUGGUUCGAUGAAUGUACAAAUCUAUUAAAUCAAUUAGAUAAUGAUGAUAGUGGUUUUAUUGGAGGAGGAGGAAGUGGUCCACCUUCUUUAAAUUCUUCCACUUCUUCAAAUUCUUCUUAUAGUAGUGGUUUAAAUAAUUUUAAUCAUCAUCAUCCUCAUCAUCAUGGUGGUAAUAAUAAUAAUAAUAAUAAUAAUUUUGUAAAUAGUAAUAAUGUUAAUAGUAAUAAUAUAAAUAGUAAUAAUAUAAAUAGUAAUAGUAUAAAUAGUAGUAAUAAUAUAAAUAAUAAUAUAAAUAAUAAUAAUAAUAAUAAUAAUAAUAAUAACAAUAAUAAUAAUAAUAAUAAUAAUAAUAAUAAUAAUAAUAAUAAUAAUAAUAAUAAUAAUAAUAAUAUAAAUAAUAGUAGUGGAUUUGGUAGAGUUUUAAAAAGUUCAGGACCAUUAAAUGGUGGUAGAUAUCAUCAUCAUGGUGGUAGUGGUGGUCAAAAAAUUGAAAGAAAUUUAAAGUAUUGGGAAUUACAAUGUAUAAAUUAUUAUCAUUCAAAUCGAUUUAGUGAAGCAUUGGUUUGUAUUGAAUGUGCAAUUGAGUCAUGUCCAUCUUCAUCAUUGAAUGCAAGAGGUCAAUAUUUUUAUAUUCGUGGUAAAAUCUUCCAAAAAUUAGUUUCCUUUUCAAAUGCAACACUCGUUACAUUUCCAACAUCAUUAAGACCAACCGAUAAUGAUUUGAAAGAGAUUGCUGACGUUUGCACAACAACCACUUAUAAUUGUACAGGUGAUUUAAUUCAAGAAUGUGUUGCAAGUUAUAAACGUGCCUACCAUUACUUUAAAUCGAUUGGUGAUGAUGUAAAAAUUCAAAAAACUGUAUCACGUAUAGCAGAAACUUAUUUAGAUCGUGUAUUUGGUCCAGUCGCUUUACUACAUUAUCCAUUUGAUGAUGUUGCACGUUUACCUUUUUUCCCAUCCUCAAAAUUAAUUCAAAAAGAUAGUGAACAAGAGCAACAAUUAUCAGAUUUAAAGAAAAGAAAGAUGAAAAAAGAUUCAUUAAAAACUUCUUCAUCAAGUGAUUCAACACCAAUUUCAGUAACACCAACAAUUCAAAAACAACAACAACAGCAGCAACAACAACAACAACAAUUAAAAGAAUUUUAUAUUGGUUUUGAAUUAAUUGAAAAUCCAGCAAUGUUAGCAUUGGAUAUUAAUAUUGAUACUUGUAAUAUAUUAGUAUUGUUAAGAAAUUAUAUGAAUAUGGCAGAAUUAAAAUUUUUACAAGGAGAUCGUGAUCUUUCAAUUAGUUAUUGGGUAGAGUGUAAACAACUCUAUUAUACAUUAUUCUUUGAUGGACCAUCAUUAAUCAUUAAAUCAGCACCAUUACAAUUUAUAAAGAAAAUAUUUAACCUUUGUAAACGUAUGCUUAGAUUCUUAUUCGCUUUCGAUCAAGAGUUAAUCAAUAAGAAUCUUAUGUUGAUCGAUAGUUAUUUAAAUUUAGAAUUGGAUAUUCAACAAGCAACUCAACGUCCAAUCAAUUCAACCAAACCAAUGGCAUAUGAAUCAACACCUCAAAUCGAUAAAAUCUUUGUACCAUAUGCUUAUAAAUCUUUAACCAUUGGUAGAAGUUUUAAAAAGAAUCGUAUGGAAGUUUCAUUCUCUGUAAAUAAUAAUAAUAAUAAAAAUAAUGGUGGUGGUGGUAGACCAAAUAUACCAACUUCACCAAAAAGUAGUAAAGAUAAAGAUUCAAACAAUAUUAUUGGUGGUGUUUCAAAUUUAACAUUUGGUGAAAAAACUAAAGAUGAAGAGAAAAGUGUUUUAACUGGUGAUGAAGUUGGUGAAAAAAUUUGGGGUUCUUUUCAUUCGAUUAGAAAUGAAAUUAGAAAAUAUUCAAUUGGUAAAAUCUCUCAAGAGGAAUUAUCAACUAGAAAUAAAACUAUUAUUAAACAUAUUUUAAAGGUUAUGCAAACUUAUAAAGUUCAUAUGGCAAAUCAAAAUGCAAAUGGUGCUACUUCAAAUAAUUAUGCUAAUAUGAAUAGUCCAUCUUCAAUUUCUUCAUCAUCCUCAACUUCUCCAAAUAUAAGUAAUACAAAUUCACCAAUUUUAAAUAAUAAUAAUAAUAAUAAUAAUAAUAAUAAUAAUAAUAUAACACCAGCAUUUAGUGCAAAUAAUUUAGCAAGUUUAUUCCGUUCACAAGCAAAGAGUGGUUUAGAAAAUAGUGGUAGUAUAGCAGUUGGUAGAGGUAGAACCCCUUCAGGUGGUGGUGGCCCUCCACAUAGUGGCUUUUCAAAUACAAGUAGUGGUACCAUUGGUAUUGGUAGUGGUGGUACAGUUAGAAAUCAAGCAUCAAAAUAUGAAGAGAUUUCAUUCAAUUCAACAACUUCACGUAUUAAUGCAUCACUUCAAAGAUUGGUAAUAUCAUUACAAGUUGAUAAUUACUUUAUUCAUUAUGUACCAAGUUCAGGUAGAAAGAAAUUCAAUAGAAUCGGUGGUAAUGAAGAGUUAACUCCAUUGGCUCCACCAUCAAAUACAUUGUUCAUUGAGGUUUAUUUAUUAUCAAAUGCAAAUGAAAAGGUUACAUUUAUGGUUUCACCAUUAAUCACUUUAGAGAAUAUUUUAUUAAAUCUUUGUAAUCGUCCUUAUUGGGCUUAUUCCUCAUCAACCAAUACAACCAAUGGUGAUAGUAAUACCAAUAGUAUUAAUAGUUCAACUGGUAGUACAAGUAGUAAUUCAAGUGGUGUAAGUAGUAGUGGUACAGGUGGUGGUACAGGUGGUGGUAGUGGUAUUGAUUCAGGAACAAAGAAGAAAUCAUUCUUUGGUUCAUUCAGUAGAAGUAAUCAAAACUCUUAUAAAACCACACCUAAAUUUGUUGAAAAAACUCAAAACUUUCACACAGAAUUCUUAUCAUUCCUUUCAACUACAAUUGGUCCACCAACUGGUACAAGUACAAAUGAUGAUAAUAAUGAUCAUUAUCAUGGUAGAGGAGGUGGUGGUGGUGGUGAAAGAGAUUCAAGUGGUCAUGAUCGUCAUCAUGCGACACCACCACUUCACUCAACCAAUCCAAUGAUUCCACCAGAUUCUCCGCCACAAAAUAGAAGAAAUAUGCUUAUUAAUGAUAAUUCAUCAGAUAAAUCAGAUUCUGAAAAAUCUGAUAAAUCCGAGAGAGAAUUCAAUAGAAGUGAUAGUAAUAGUACAAAUACACCUCAUCCAAUUAGUCAUGGUCAUCAAUCCACUCAUCCAUACAUACCAAAUCCAACUUUAUUGAAUCCAGAUAUUCACGGUAGAAGUAUGAGUGUUGGAUCUGGUCCAAGUAGAAAGGUUUAUACAACUCAACAGAUUUCAUUGGUUUCAAUGGCUAAAAGAAUGAUAAAGAGUGAGGAUCCAGCUUACUCGAAAGCUUACAUUUCAAUUGAUCAACUCUCCUAUCAAGUUUGUAAAAUAUUCUCCCACAGAGAAAUGCGUGAAUGUAAUGAACAAAAUCCAUUACAACUUUAUUUGUUUGUAAAUUCCGCUGAAGAAAGAAAAAGUUUAUCAUCAUUUGGUGAAGGUGGUGGUAGUGGUGUUCAAAAAACCUCUGAUCAAGCAAUAACUUUUACUCCAGAGAUUUUAUCCUCUUUUAAUUCUUUAUUAUCUUUAACCUCUACCGAUAAAAAUCCAGUUGAAGAAUCUGAACGUAAAAAAGUAGUUAGCGAAAUUCAACAUACUACUUUUGCAUCAUUAUUUGAAAUUUUACCUGCUGAAAAAGAAAAAUUAAGACAGUCAUUACUUGCAAGUGCAUCGUCAACAUCAACAUCAUCAUCAUCAUCAACAUCAACCACUAAAAAAAUUGGAGCAACAGUAAAGAAUGCAUUACCAUUUGGUUUAUUCUCAUCAUCUUCAACUAAACUUCAAAACAUUGAUAGUAUUUCAUUGGUUAAUAUUUCAGCAUCACCAUUAUUAUUCAUUUGUUCAAAAUCUUUACAAAUUUUUCCAUGGGAAUUAAUUUUACCAGAAUUUAUUGUUCGUUAUAAAUCAUUAUUUGAUAUUUUAAAGAGUAGUUAUUAUAGUAUUAGCAGUAAUGAUGAUACCACUAAUACUACACCAACACCAACAACAACAACAACAACUGGUACAGUAACUAAUAGUAAUGAAAAUAAUAAUCAUUGUGCAUCAACUCCAUUAUUUAUUAGUUGUUGUUAUUCUCAAACUGAAAAGAAUCAAAUAUCAACAAUUGAUAAUUUAAAGAAAGAUUAUUCAUUAAAAACCAUUUUAUAUAGUCUUUAUACUACACCAUUAAAACCAGUUGGUAAUCGUGUGGUUCAUUCAAAUCAUCCUUAUCAUUCCUCUUUGAUAAAGACAGGUACCAAACCAUCAAUUGUAAAGAAGAAAAAUAAAUAUUUGGAAUUCUUUGAUUUAUCAGUUUCAAAACCACACCAUAUCACAAAUUUAAUUGAUGAAAUUAAUAAUAGUAAUAACUUUUAUCCAAUCAUGGUAUUCACUUAUAAUGAUUUGGUUGAUCUUUCUCAAAUUCCAACUAUUCUAUUAAAACUUAAACCAAUCAGUUAUUGUCUAUUCAUUCCAUAUUCAAAACAAAAAGAAAUUUUAAAUAGAUUCUUUAAAAUUUAUGAUCAUCAUUUAAAACAACAACAACAACAAUCAAGUGGUAGUGGUAGUAGUAAAGGAAUAGUUGGACCACCUCAAACAACUAGAAAAGAAAGAUAUCAAUUUUUAAUCUCUGCUGUCCAAGCCGUUAAAGAAGAAUUUUAUACUCCAAUAGUAUUAUAUAAUCCAACCUUUUUUGUAAAUAAUGAUGAAAGUAAUUAA